AUGGGGGCACUUCGCAAGAUGUUUCCAAACUUUAUGUGGCUUUUACGAGACGUCCAUUUGCAGUUUAAACGCCCUGUAACCGGAGACGAAAUGACACCCACUGACUACGUGAAGGAAGUGGUUUUCAGGAAGGCCUCAAAGGAAAAGAAAGAAACAGACCAAGAGAAGAUAGGGAGAAUCAUAUUGAUGGCUUUUGAACAGGUGGAGGCAUUUGCACUCCCUAGCCCAGGAGAUGAAGAUGUUUUGGCAGAUAUUGCAAAAAAAGCUGAUAACAUCAAACCUAAAUUCAAUGAGAAAAUGGAUGAGUUUAUAGAAGGCAUCCUGUCUGUUCUAGAAUGCAAGCGAGGGAUGACUGAGGGCUCUCAGAUAACAGGAGAUCAGCUUGCCGCAAUGUUGCAGCACUAUGUAAAAGCUGUCAAUGCUCCAGGCACCAUACCUGUUAUAAAGAGUGCCUGGGAUGCUAGUGUGGAGUUGAGGCGCAAGAAUAUACUAGAAGACAUGGUGAAAAAGUACAAAAAUGAAAUGACGGAAGCAAUCAACAAAGCCUGCUUCAAAGAAUCUGAGAUGUUUCCUUUAGAAGAAAGAGAUGAUGAUCCUAAAAAAACAAGCUUAAUGAGAAUCCACGAUGCCGUUCUGAAAAAUGUUGAUGACGAAUUAAAGAAGCAACUUGAGUCCUUUGGAUCUGACAGACAAGAUUCGAACGACAAACUUUUCUUUGUUUUGAACGAAAUAAUAGUUCAGAGGCAAACAAACGGAGAUAUCACUGGUGGGGAACUGCAAAAUUACCUGAAGGAGAACAGUGAAAGGUCUCGUCUUUACUGUGAGAAGGUGUUCAAGAGACUCCUGGAUGAAUUGAGAAAACGCCUGGACCCAAUGCCAGCAGGCUACACAGAGAAAAACCUAAAAGCAGACGUAGACAAGCUUGAGGAGACUUACCUACAGCAAGCUAUAGGGCCCAUGAAGCUAGAUGUGCUGCGUGAGAAGCUGGAGUCAUCCGAUAUGACUGGAUUCUUCGAAAUGUGCAAAGAAAUGAGUAGGUUAAAAAUGGAAGAGGUUGAAGCAAAGAGACAGCGAGACAUCUUGGAAUUGAAAGAAAAGGAAAAUCAACGCAAACUUCAAGAAGCACAAGAGGAACAUGCGAGGGAAAUGAAGGAACAGGCAAAUGCAAUGGAAAAAGUAAAGGAAAGAUACCAGGAAAAUAUUGAAAAGGUGCAAAGAAGUCAGGAAGGGGAUAUGUCAAAUUUUGUGAAAAAAAUGGAGGAUCUCAAGAAAGCUGGACAAGAGGAAAAAUUGGAAAUGAUGCAGGAUUUCAAUAGAAAGCUUGAAGAACAGCGUGAAAUGUCAAGGCGAGAGAUGGAACAUCAAAAGGAAGUGUGGGAGCUGAAGUUUCAACAUCAACAGGAAUUGGCUGCCCAAGCUGAGCGACAACAAAAAAUGAGAUCGCGUGGAGUUUGGGCUAGAUUGUGGAAUACGGAGCCACAAUAA